GGUGGGGGACCCAUCCACCGCCCAUAAACACGCAGUCUUAGAUUGGAUCCAUUUUCUAAAUCUAACCCUAACACUCUAUAAUUCCCUCUUUCUUUUCCUUUUCCUCAUUCUUUCAUACCAACUUCAAUUUCAUUUCACUGCACUCUCCACACAACUCUCUCUCUAUGUGAAGGUAGAUGCAUAAUCAUUUCAACAACAACAUGAAUCAUACUCAAAUAUAGCAACAAGGAAAAGACAACACAACAAUUCUUGUAUACUUUGUAUACUAUCUAUUAUUGCAAAGGAAAGUUUCUUCAUCAUCAUCAUCAUUGAAGAAAGAGUAUUCAUCUCAUAGUAUAUUAUUAAUGGAUCAAAUAACAUCACAUGGCCAUUCACUUCCUCCACCUUUUCACACAGCAAGAGAUCUUCAUCUUCACCAUCAACACCAACAACAACAGCAACAGCAACAGCAACACCAUCAAUUCCACGCUUUACAGCAACAACAUACCACAGAUCAAGAUGAACAAAGCGGAAGUAGCAGCGGCGGAGGACUCAACCUCACAAACCGCGAAGAAAACAGCAACUUCAACGCCGAUUUUAACGCCAAACUAGAAUCCGGAGGAGGUUCCGGUGGCGAUAAUGAUUCAAUGACAAGAAGACCAAGAGGAAGACCGGCCGGAUCCAAAAACAAACCAAAACCACCAAUCAUCAUCACACGAGACAGCGCAAACGCCUUGAAAACUCACGUGAUGGAAGUUGCAGACGGCUGCGACGUCGUUGAAAGUGUCAACAACUUCGCCAGACGCCGUCAGAGAGGCGUUUGCAUCAUGAGCGGAACCGGGACAGUUACGAACGUCACACUAAGGCAACCGGCUUCUCCUGGAGCUGUAGUAACUCUUCACGGACGGUUCGAGAUUUUGUCGCUAGCCGGAUCGUUUCUUCCGCCGCCGGCUCCGCCUGCCGCUUCUGGUUUGACUAUAUAUCUGGCAGGAGGACAAGGACAGGUUGUUGGUGGAAGUGUUGUUGGUGCUUUGAUUGCUUCUGGACCCGUUGUCAUCAUGUCUGCUUCUUUUAGUAACGCUGCUUAUGAGAGACUUCCCUUGGAAGAAGAUGAUGGUUCUUCUUUGCAACAACUUCAAGGUGGUGGUGGUGGUGGUGGUUCUCCAAGUGGUGGUGGUGGUGGCGGUGGCGGUGUUCAACAGACACAGCUUUUAGGAGAUUCAACUGCUCCACUUUUUCAAGCUAUGCCUCAACCUCCAAAUUCUAAUCAUAAUCCCAAUCUUCUCAAUUCCGUUAUGCCUUCUGAUAAUUUCUGGCCAACGGGUCGAUCUCCGUAUUGACGAUACCGCAACACGACGAUUGAGGUUCAUUUCUUCUAGUAUUCGAAUUUGCUUUCAUUUCUUUAGAUUUUGUGUGUCAUUUUGAAUAUUAUAUUAGGUUGUAGAAGGUGAGUUAAUUUAUGUUUGAAUUCGAGACUGUAAUUAAAUUGAUGCAUCGUUAUUCUAUUCUAUCUUGGGUGAGUUUGUUUAAUUUGAUUCUGUAUUCUGUGAUGGACUCAAUAAAUGGUGCAUUUAAUUGCUUAUUUAAG